UUUCGAGUACUAGAAGAAAUCUCUAUUCGAAUACCUUGAAGCUACGCAUAGAACGAUUUGAAUUUGAAAUACCGGUUAUCUCGAUCUACGGUCGCGGAAUGGAGGAUUCCAACGGUCAGUUGCCUCGUCAGCAAAUACCAGCUGCGCUGUAGGAAACGAGACUAGAGUCAGAGUCGGACGGUUGAACAGCAUGGAAGACGAGUCGUGGCUCUGUUACGUUUGGUGGUCAAACGUUCUCAUCAUCAAGAUGAUGAUAUUCACGUGGUGCACUGGCAGGCUUCGAGUGAGCAGAAAGGUGAUCCACAGUGAAGCGGACCGAAUGUUCAUCAAAGAGCCGGGUGUCAUUCUUGAUCCAACGGGUGGCGGUCAUCCGGAUAUCGAUCGCAUAAGAGCAGCACAUCGCAGCGAUGUUGAGACCGUACUGCCAUUUCUUCUGAUGGGGUUAAUUUGGCUGGAAACUUCACCGUCGGUGGAUUUAGUGAAAUUGGUUAUUCGCAGCUUCUCGUUGGCGAGAAUUUUUCACGGUUUAUUUUACAUGGACGUCAUUCCCGUGCAUCAGCUUGUCAAAGUAUUCACUUCGCUCUUCAGCUACCUCGUUGCCGCUUACAUCGCACUCUCGUGUCUUGUGCACUAUGCUUAAGAUAAAUCGGGGCGAAAUUAUUGUGAACAGCAUAAAAACACAGGUUUAAAAUGUUGAAAAUAAACGGUAAGAAAUAUUACUCAUUCAUUUAUUAACAAAUGAUUAUAUUAUAUAAUCUGAGAUUGAAGUAUCAUGAGGAUUUUGUAAA